UGCUUUGAACUGUUCCAGGAAACUUUCCUGGAGCGCAUUUGCUCGAAGAGUUUCUCCGACUAUUCCACCGAAAAACAAAUUAAUGAAAGUGCAAUAAAACAUUAUUCCAAGUUUCUCCUUAGUGAGUGAAAUGAGAUGCUUAUCAGUCUCUUUCCUGGAAAAACCGCCAGCUUAACAGGAAACUUUCCGCAAAGUCGCACAGGAAAAUGAUAGUGCUCUCUGAGAAUGGAUACGUUGCUCCUGUAGAAAAUAUAAGCGAACUUCAGACUUUAAAAGGCGCUGAACUAGACAGAUUCGAUAUGAAUUCAUGUGCGGAGAUUGAGAUGAACCGCACCAAUGUGUCUUUGGACCCUUGGAAUUAUAUCGCAUGCUUUUAUGGGCCUCAGAUGCAAGAUCUUCAGAUGACCCUUUUAAUAACCAUAAUAAAUGGAAUAAUAUUUGUGACUGGAGUGUUGGGAAAUAUCGCCGUCUGUAUCGUGAUAAUCAAACAGCCCAUCCUGCAUACAGCCACCAACUACUACUUGUUCAAUCUGGCUGUUUCGGAUGUGACGCUGCUGAUUUUCGGUUUGCCCAAUGAUGUGGCAAUGUAUUGGCAUCAGUAUCCUUGGCCAUUGGGAAUAUUUUUCUGCAAAUUUCGGGCUCUUAUAUCCGAAACCGCUUCCUACGUUUCGGUGUUGACUGUAGUCGCCUUCUCCACAGAGAGAUACAUCGCUAUUUGUUAUCCUCUGUAUCUUCGGGCCAUUUCGGGACUUCAAAGAGCCGUCUGGAUCAUUGCCGGACUUUGGAUUGUUUCCUUCUUCUGUGCCCUUCCGUUUGCUGCUUACACCGUUAUUACCUAUGUUACUUAUCCAUACAAUUCGACGAAUAUUGUCGAGGAAUCAGCCAUGUGCGCCAUGGUAAACCAGCCAAAAAACAUUCCUCUGACCGAGCUGAGUAGCCUGAUAUUCUUCAUAGUGCCAACGGUGAUAAUCGCGGUACUUUACUGCAACAUGGGCAUCACCAUUGCCAAAGCUUCGAGAGCGAAAUUCGAGAACAAAGUCAAAGGAUCAAUCCAUCGAAAGAACAAAAAACACCAGAGCAACAAGAGCAUUAUAAGGAUGUUGUCUCUAGUGGUUUUGGGAUUUUUCAUGUGCUGGGCCCCUUUCCACGCUCAAAGGCUCAUGGCCAUCUACUUCCGCGAUAACGAAAUUAUCGAGUAUGUCAACUACUGGAUGUUCUUCAUCACCGGGAUUUGCUACUACUUCUCCUCCACCUUGAACCCGAUUUUAUACAACGUGAUGUCCGAGAAAAUGCGGAAUGCUUUCAAGGAGAUUUUCUGCGGCAUCAAGCCGAAAAAGGCCCUGAAACGGGGCACAUUUCGCGAAACCAGCAACACCUACGUUUCGAUGCCGAACAGUCAAAACAACCAUCACUCGCAGGACUUGGAGGAGGACGUUUUCAUUUCCAAGGAUGGAGGCACGAUUUUGCUGGGAGAGAACCUUCGAAAUGGUAAGAAGUUCACGCAUAAAACGUAUGGGAUGAAAACCGAAACCGGGGUCUAAACGGGGAAUGAUGCAUGUAAAUUAUGUAAAAUUUCUAAAUCUUAAGCCAAUUAUUUAUUGUUAGAGUUGUAGCCAAACACUCAAUGAAAACGCUUAGAAUUGUAGCCAAACACUCAAUGAUUGCUUCUGUUUUUGGAUAUUUACAGUUAGUUUCCAUUAUUUAUAGCUUGUUAAUCGUAGCAAACACCAAAGUGGAAAAAUUUAAUUAAAAUCAUACAAAUUUAGGCCCAAAGGAAAUUUCCACAAUAUCUCUCCAGGCCAGAGAAGAUCUCCACCCCCAUCGCCAUUACUCAAUUGUGCGAAAUUCUCCCGGAAUUUCGUUUCGUUUCCAUUUAAAGCCUGCUUAAAACUUAACCCCAGGACUGAACAAAUACUCGGCGAACGGGAGUUUAGGGGUUUAGUGCCUUUGGCCACAAUGAGCGAGAAGUUUUCUUUUCAGCGAAACUUGGGUGCAUUCAAGUGAGAUUUUCUAGAAAAAUAAUUCAAUAUUGUUUAAUCCCUUAUUCGAGAGUAAAAAAGAGUUACAUUGGGAAAAAUUGGCUCCAAAACCAGAAGCAACCAAUCAUAGUGAUUAAACAAUGAAGAACUACUAAAAUCCUCGACCAGACCAAGCAAUGGAUGUAUCUAUGUAGAUUUUCCCAAAUUCUUGCUGACUUGAUAAAAGCCAGCUAAAGAAACUGACUUUGCAUUUUCCUCUUUGCCUCCAAGCGAAACUUGACAGGCCUGGUGCGAUCUAUCAGAUUUUUCUUUUUACUGUUUUGGCUUUAUCAAAUGGAUUGUCUGCUGUUUCAGCUGACAUGAAACGGUUUCACUUCAAUAAAAUAAUACGGAAAUACGCAGAUCAUGCAAAAAGGCGUGAAAACGUGUGACUUGUUGAGGCACAAGGCCUUUUAUAGAAAGGAAAUUGUUAAACACCCUUUGUUUGCCAUAUAAUAAAUGUUUUAUAUUGGGGGCAGUAGUUGUAGGACGCCCUGUACAGGAUGUAUAUAGAUAUCGCAAUUCUGAGCUCACUCUAAGCAAUUUGAUAAAUCUAUGUCCAAUUCAGUUGGGCUUCAUUCAUUCAGAGUUCAGCUGGGCUUAAUUUGAAUAUUUUUGAGCAUUGUCUACUAAGGAAAAGCCUUUAAACGGUAGAAGUUUAGGAAGUUCCCACCUACCAUUAAAAUCUCCAAUUCAGCUUCUCAAUAGUCCAUUACUGGAGUCUCAAAGUCUUCGAAGUGCUGAAGAAACUUCCAGUAAAGUUUCACUAGAUGACAGCAAACUUCACUGAGUCUGCAAUGCUAUUAAAAAAUCGGGUUGUCUGGCUAAAAAACCCUCGUCCUGUGAAGAAAAUGACACCAAAAUGUGCGGAAACACUACCGAUUUCCGAAAAUCCACAAUUUUCCGCACGAGAACUCUCGGAUUUAUUGAACUUUAUAUGAAUCAAAUCGCGUACACUGUUUGCAAACUUGAUAUUGACAGCAUCAGUGAAUUCCCGAAGAUAAAAAUUGGAGCUUUUACGCACUUGGUCGGAAAGAAUGAUCGAAAGUAGUGAAGCAAAACAUCUACUUUCGAAAAACUCACAAUUUUUGGCCCAAAAACUUGAAAAAUCAUGGAUUUUUCAAACAUUGUACGGAGCGAACGGGGCACGCUAAUCGACAUUGAACUGUGAACUAUCUGACAGCAAACGGCAGUGAUUCUUCAAAUAGAAAAAUCGGUGUUUUUGGUCAAAAAAAAACGCUUAUCGGUGGGAUCAAUAACUUAAAGUCGUAAAAAAAACUUCCGAAUUUCGAAAAUUCGCAACGUUUCGCCCGAAAACUGCAAAAACUCUGGAUUUUUGAAAAAUUGGUUGGAGCGAAAGGAGCACAUUGCUUACCAUUCGACAUUGAAUAACUGACUUACUGACAGCAAACGUCAGGGAAUUCUCAAGUAGAAAACUCGGUGCUUUGGCAAAUAAACCGCUUUUCGGUAUGACAAGUGGCACAGAACAGGAGAGGAAAACUUCCGAUUUUCGAAAAUGCACAGCGUUUCUACCGAAAACUAAAAAAACUCCGCAUUUUUUGACAAUUGAACGGAGCAAACGGAGCACGUGUUCACUAUUCUACAUUAAACAACUAACUGACGUCAGUGACUCCUCGAACAUAAAAUUGAGAUUUUCGCCAAAAAACCCACUUCCAAUGGAAAAAAUGCCACCAAACGAUGGAAAAAGCCUUCUGGUUAAAAAAACGAAUUUUCCACACACGAAAAUUGAAACUACUUGCAAUUUUUUUAAAUUAUUCGUUGAUAUAUUGUCUUUUUGCCAAUUGGCCCUUUAAAAUCCGCGCUUAAUAAAAGUUUUGUACUUAUUUCUUUGCACUUGACGGGGGAAAAUUCACGAAACUCGGCACACUUGGAGCUUAUUAGAGGUGCAACAGGAUAGUGUACAAUUUUUUAAACAUAAGACCUGUUUAGAACUCUUUUCAUGCAUUCAUUACAUUUGAAAAUUGAAAACUGUGCCUUCAUUAAAAUUUUCGCAAAAUCUUUCUCUCCCUAUCAAACACUUUUAAUUGAGAAUGUUUUUGCCCCUUGAAUGUUUUUCGUCAAACGCACUGGUUUGGAGGAAAAUGGAAAAAAGUGAGCUGUCGCUUACCAUUCUAGUGAUUUGGAAAGAAAAUGCUUAAAGUGGGCUCAGAAAUUUGGCAUUGAUAGUCGGACUAAUUAAGAAGUGAACGUGAUAUAAAGCAUUGCAAAGAUGUAAAUAAUCUACGUAAAACAGGGGUAAAGGCUAUUACGCAAACAACCUCCAGAAGUAGGAAAUAAAUCCAUUUUUUCUAAUUGUACGUAAUUCUUCGACCUAAUUUCUAUCAAAGUUGACGAUAAAGGCAAUAAAUUUCUUCUCAUUGUCGUAGCUGAGUUUUUCCCAGCACGUCAUUAGUGAGUUUGUGAUCAAGGAAACUUUUAAUGAGAUGUCCCGAUACACUUUUACCAUCAAAUUGAUAUUUUCAGUGUAAGUUUCUAAUGAGAUGUUUUUCAAAAUGCCUAAUGAAGGAUAAUAAAAGUUGUGACAUGUAAAAGUUUAGUAAUAACAGCGGAAAUUCGCCUCAUUAAUAUUGGCCAAAACUAAGUGACUUCGAUCGAAAAUCGAUUAGGCAUGCCCUAAGUUGAAAUAUUCGACUUUUUUUCCCAGAUUCCCGAUUUUGAAUGAUUAACAAUGAAAGGAAAAAUUGGGUCGAAUUAGUAACACCAAGUUAUUAGUUCACAUAUUCGCCCAUAUUCGGUUCAUUAAAACUUCGGAACUUGCAAACUUUCCCCCACGUCAACUGAUGAUUAAAACUCCUUUGUACAUAACUUUCCCCACUACCUGCAUGUGAUUAUAGUUAAGAUAACACGUUACUAAUGUUGAAUAAACCAUUUCUAAUUAACAUUGUCUGGCGGUUUCCAAUUGUGUCCAUAUCUCGAAGUAACAACUACCAAACCCAAAACAAUGCAGUAUUUUUAUUAAGCAAAAACCAUAUUUUGUAUAAUUUAUCAGCAGGAUGUGCUUCAUUGGUGUGGAAUAAAGAGUUUUACAUUAGGAA